AUGGCAGCUUCCAGACCCGUUGUGUUGGAUGUACAAAGUAUCCACGACUUCAUCCAAUACGUUCUCGACAACCACGCAGUACCUUCGACCUUGGUAGUCUGUUCAACAAAGGCUACAUUCCUGGAAGCACUGCAAGGCGAGCCUCAAAGCUCCCAGGAUGAGCAGCAUGCGAUCAAUCCUCGACGGCUAUGGCAGACUCCUACUCUACGCUUGCUAUCGACAUCAAGGACGCUGAAGCUCGCAUUCUGUCCGGACAUCACACAUCUCAGAGCUUACCUCGCGACAUACACCAUCACCGUGGCGAAGAGAUCAGUCGAACAAGAUGAUGCUCUGCGGCUGCCUUCUGCUCAACCCAUCAUGGCAAUCCUCAAUCCCAUCGAGUUGCAUCGGCCUACUUCAGCUUUCUCUGCGCAAGGUUUGAACCGCACCUUCUCGGUGGCCACUGAAGCUGCUCAUCAUACCGGGAGCAAGCUGGUCAUGGCCGACAUCGCGAAGCCGCAUGCUAUAUCAAACCUUGGAGAGGAGCUGCAGACUGCUGAGGCCCGAGCACCAACAAGUCCAUGGGAGGAAGAGCUUCCCAUCCUGAACGUUACUACCAAGCGGUUGGGUGAGCUGUCUGUCGGCAGGACUGUCAAAAUCAAGUCCGUUGCCGAGAGGUGGUGCUUUUUCGAAAAGAUGCCUUCGCUGGACAGCAUUUGA